UGAGCCCCGCCCCCCGUCAGAAGAAGAGGACCAACUGCCCUGACCACCGGCCACUGAGACCAGGCAUUCCGGAGAUUUCUCACUUUGUGGCUCUCUGUAUCAGAGGCAAAUUUCACAAUGCCUUCAAAUCAGAAUAUGCAAGGAGGGAAAGCCUUUGGACUAUUAAAGGCCCAGCAAAGGGAAAGAUUGGAAGAAAUUAACAAGGAGUACAUGGAGGACCAGAAAUACAGGGAUGAAGAGGACCUGCCUGAAAAAUUGGAAGGUUUCAAAAAUAAAUAUGCGGAGUUUGACCUGAAUGACCAAGGAGAGAUAGAUAUAAUGGGUCUGAAGCAGAUGAUGGAGAAACUGGGAGUUCCCAAGACGCACUUGGAGGUGAAGAAGAUGAUCUCGGAGGUGACUGGUGGCAGCAGCAAUACUAUCAACUACAGGGACUUUGUCAAGAUGAUGCUUGGCAAGCGUUCAGCUGUGCUCAAACUAGUGUUGAUCUUUGAGGACAAGGCCAAUGGUGCCAGCUGUAAGCCGGACGGGCCCCCUCCAAAACGGGACAUUGCUAGCCUGCCGUAAAGGCAGACGUCAGCUUCCAGACUACUGUUGGGGGCAUAAGGAGCAUCGGUGGGUCCUAGCCUCUGGGCCGUAGCCACAUGUACAUAGCCUUACCAAGUGUCUGACUUCAGGACGCCAAGACAACCAUGGGUGUCGGAGAAAUAAAACCUCCUUUGUGAUGUGUGGAGGAGGACGACAAAUUGUUUAACUAUAUAUAUAUAUAUUUGCUGUGAAAAGAAAAAUGUUGAGGCAGAUUAGCUUUUUUUCUAUGACAAACAUACAUGUAUAUAUUUAUAUUGAUGAUUACGAUGCAAAGCUGCAUAUUUUUACUUAGUGUUCACACUCGUAACCCUUGCGAUAACUGUGGAAUUGAGCCGUUCUAUGAAAAUGUGCAGUGUUGUAUUAGUGUGGGACCAGUGAUUGAGGAUGUAAUUUUGUGAUUUACUAACUGUGUGUGCAAGAUGUAGUCUGUUAUUUGGAAGAGUGAGCCCACAACACACUAAGUGAUGUUUGACUGUGAAUGAUGUUAUUCAACUUGUUUUUUCCCCCCACAGUUGAAAUGUAGCAUUGAUAGUUUUACAUGUAAUCUGCUUGAUGAGUUUAAUUUUGUAGUAAGGGUUUCAUGGUAAUGUUUUAAGGGAAAACUGUCAUCUCCUUUCACCGGCUAAAGAAAAACUCAAAGUCCUUCACAGCAUAUUUUUGACACUGCCUCAUCCUUUGUACCUUGCUUUGUCUUUGGGACACUUUAACUUUAAUGGUGUGAGAACAGCAUGCUUUUGGGGAAGCACAGGGACAAGAAAGCACAGUUUUUCCAGCACAUUUUUUAUAACGUUCUCAGCAGUCUCACAUAGAUUCCUGCCAGGCUAAGCUUGGUCAGUAUCUCACUUUAGAUCAGGUGCCAGAGAUUAAAGGUCCGCCCCAAUUCCUCUGGGUCCAUAGUCAUCAGCCGUCUGAGUAAGAUUACUGAUCUGGAAUGAGUAACCGAGUCAUCAUGACCACUUCAUAUUUGCUCAUUAAAUACCCACCUUCGAGUGGAAAUAUUUUGAAGAUAAGAUGAGAAUGUGAGAUCAUGUUGACUGUGGGACUCUCAGUAUCAGUAAGUGGCUUGCUGACCAACAGCCAGUGUGACUCAGUUUUAAAUCUGUAGGGUUCAGCACAUCGUUCAUUUUGGAAGGAGUGUGAUUUAAGGCACACAGAAGAUUGAAAAAACUCCAACAGCAUUACAGACUUGCAUAGUACUACAUGCAAUCAUAUUCUUUCCAAGUGCCUAAACAUGCAGAUACUGUAGAAAUAAAAACAUUCACACAUCGGGAGAGGAGGGUGUUCAUACAAAUGUUCAGUUGAAGCAAUGUUUCCACAUGACCGUUAAACAAUAUUCUUUGGUAUUUGGUAAGCUAGUCUUAAUGGUGUUUGUUGAAUCAUAUUUAUGUGGUGUUUACUUCUACUUAUUCCCCACAUUCCAUCUAAGUUUUCACAAAUGAUGGAUUGUUUUUGCCUAAUGGAACUGGACAGGGUUUGUGUUAGUAGGCCAUGCCAUCUGUUUGUCUGUUGGCAGGUUAUCCAAGAAAAAAGUCAGGAAAGGAUUUGCAUCAAAAAUGUGAAUUGGUUAGUUAUGGGCCAUCAAAUACCUGAUCAACUUUUCAUACUAAUUACUCAAAAGAGGGUAAAAAUGUGUAUAAUUAGAAUGUAACAUAUAUCGCAAUUGAAAUUGAUAUAUAAGAUAUAAGAAACCCAAGCCGUCCAUUAUUGCCCCAGGCAGAUAAAAUGGGAAAACUGGAGUGCUCUUUUUCAGUUUAGAAAUAACAACCCCGGGAAUUUUUCCAAAACUUGGUACAGUGAUGGAGGGGCCGCCGACUGGCCAUGAGGUGUUGCGACAAUCGACUAAAAUGCUUACAAGUGGCUAGAAUCUGAACAGCUCAUGUCUUGUUUCAGGGACAGUAAUGAAAAUGAAAAAAUGAAAAUGUGUCUAUCUUCUGAUUUGAAACAUGCUGGUAAUGGGGCAUGGAUGAAAUUAAGGUUUCACAAAAAUCCUGUGUGGAACUGGCACAUCUUGACAACUGUGAGUGCCAUCCAGUUUAAAAGACUUCAGUCUUUUAAAAGACUCAACUAUUUGGUCUUCUUUGUGCUAUAACAAAAUGUAAAGUUUGAACUUGAUUUCACUGUUGAUGUUUCCUUUGGUUUAUCUUGUUAUUUUAUUUUCUGUAAUUAAUUUCUGUCUUGGCUGGCUCUUCUGUCCCUCAUAUUGUUUCACUAGCCAUCCAUCUCUAUCAAACUGGUUCCAUUGUCCUGUGAAUUCUGUGAUUUGUGCCUCAGAGUUUGUCUUUAAUUUAAACUAUCCCAUUCCUCACACUAUGGAGUAUGAAAUGGUAACCAGUAUUUUAAUAUUUUAGUGUUUAACAUGUUUUUAACCAUUUUGUUGUUUUGUUGCCAGUUUGAUAAAGCGUUUAGGUAUUGUAGUGUCAUUUAGUCAUCAUUAAGAUGCACAUUGUUUCACAAACACCAAAGGAAAUAAAGUUCUUACACCGGC